AAACCCACUUCCAAACUCGUCUUCUUCCUAGAGAGAGAGAGAGAGAGAGAGAGAGAGAGAGCGAAGCAUUUUAGAGAGAGGGAGUCUUUUCUUUUUUGGCGCCCUUUCCUCGAAGCAAUUGGGCACAAGACCAUCAAGAUUCCCCUCUUUUUCCUCAUAAUCGCUUCUUUUUUAUGCCCAAAAAAAAGAAAAAAAACCAAACCCUCAAUCUCUAUCAAUACCCAUCUCUUUCUGUUCAAUCAAUCCUUCAAUACACAGUCCCUAUUUUGACUUUUUAACUCUCUCCGUGUCUCCAAUGGCCUCUCAGCAACAAUUAUCUUCAAUCAAGGGCGCAAAAGUGCUUAUGGUCGGUGCUGGUGGUAUUGGCUGUGAGCUUCUCAAAACCCUAGCUCUCUCUGGCUUUGAGGACAUCCAUACUAUUGAUAUGGACACAAUUGAAGUGAGUAACCUAAAUAGACAAUUCUUGUUCCGAAAAUCACAUGUUGGGCAAUCUAAGGCCAAAGUUGCUCGCGAAGCUGUGUUAAGAUUUAGGCCUCACAUAAGCAUUACGCCAUACUAUGCAAAUGUUAAAGAUGCACGCUUCAAUGUUGAGUUUUUUAAGCAAUUCAAUGUUGUUUUGAAUGGACUUGACAACUUAGAUGCAAGGCGACAUGUAAACCGCCUCUGCUUGGCAGCUGAUGUUCCAUUGAUAGAGAGUGGGACUACUGGGUUUCUAGGGCAGGUUACUGUACACAUCAAGGGUAAAACAGAAUGUUAUGAAUGCCAGCCGAAACCAGCUCCAAAAACUUAUCCUGUGUGUACUAUCACAAGUACUCCAUCAAAGUUUGUUCACUGUAUUGUAUGGGCAAAGGAACUACUUUUUGCCAAGCUCUUUGGGGACAAGAAUCAGGAAAAUGACCUAAAUGUGCGUUCCAGUGAUGCUACUAGACAAUCUGAACAUGCAGAAGAUGUUUUUGAACGUAAAAAGGAGGAAGACAUUGAGCAAUAUGGGAGGAGAAUAUAUGAUCAUGUUUUUGGUUAUAACAUUGAAUCAGCUUUAUCUAAUGAAGAGACAUGGAAACACCGUAACAGACCAAAGCCUAUAUACAGUAGAGAUGUCCUGCCUGUUGAACUUACUCAACAGAAUGGAAAUGUGGAUAAAAAUUCUGUGGCUGAUGAUCUGUCAUCUGUGUCUGCUAUGGCCUCUCUAGGGUUGAAGAAUCCACAAGAUAUAUGGAGCCUAAGUGAAAAUUCAAGAAUAUUUUUUGAGGCGUUAAAAUUAUUUUUUGUGAAAAGAGAGAAGGAGAUUGGGAACUUAACUUUUGAUAAGGACGAUCAGUUAGCCGUAGAAUUUGUUACUGCUGCUGCAAACAUUCGGGCUGCUUCUUUUGGAAUUCCUUUGCAUAGCCUUUUUGAAGCUAAAGGUAUUGCUGGUAAUAUUGUUCAUGCUGUUGCAACAACAAAUGCUAUCAUUGCUGGGUUGAUCGUGAUCGAGGCAAUUAAGGUGCUGCAGAAUGAUGCUAACAGUUAUAGGAUGACAUAUUGCCUUGAACAUCCAUCAAGAAAGAUGCUUCUUAUGCCAGUGGAGCCGUUUGAGCCAAACAAAUCCUGCUAUGUCUGUUCUGAGACACCUUUGUUGCUUGAGGUUAAUACUUAUUGUUCAAAGUUGAGGGACUUUGUUGAGAAGAUUGUUAAAGCUAAGCUUGGCAUGAGUUUUCCGUCGAUUAUGCAUGGGGCAUCCCUCCUUUAUGAGGUUGGUGAUGAUCUUGAUGAAGCUAUGAUAACAAACUACGCGGCAAACCUAGACAAGGUUCUGUCUGAGUUGCCUUCUCCAGUCACUGGUGGGACAAUUCUCACAGUUGAUGAUCUUCAACAAGAACUGUCCUGCAGUGUCACUAUUAAGCAUAGAGAGGAAUUUGAUGAGGAAAAGGAACCUGAUGGGAUGGUUCUCUCUGGAUGGACACAAGCCCCUGCAAAAGAGGACAACAAUAUCUCUGCUAACAAUGGUGCGAGCACAUCAAACACAUCUCAGGCAGCUUCUCUGGAGACCGUGGAGGUUAAUGAAAUACAAAUAGUUCCGACCGGGGCUGGAAGUGUUUCAUCUGGGACGAAAAGAAAGCUGUCUGACAUGUCUGAUGCUGCUGAUCCGGAUCAUUCUAGUGUCAUCACCGAGACAAGUAAGGAAGAACUGCAAGAACUUGAUGAUGAUGAUGGCGAUGAUGUUGUGAUGAUCGAUGAUGUUAAUUCAGAUGGAAGCAAGAAGAAGAGGUUGCAAUAGUUGUGUGGAUCUAACCAUCACGUUCUAAUUUUGUACCAUUAUGUGGAAAUUGUGAUUCUUUUUAUGCUAAAAUAUUUUCACUUUAGAUACUUGUAAUCUUUUUCUUUUUUUUCCCAGUUCACAUUUUGCCAUUUAAAGUUUAGGAACAACUUUUGUAUUUGUCCUAACUUGUAGAGUUGGGUGGGGCUGAAAAUCGUAAUUAUCAGUAUUUUUUGUUUUUGCUUUUGGAAAUUAGUGUAUGAAUGAAUAUUGGGUAUUAAUGGCAAAUUUCUGACCCUGGUUCUAGUUAA